AUGCAGCUCCAGCGACGUCCGCGUGAGUCCCUCACGCCCCAGCAGCUUCGUGAGUGGUACGCUCAGAGUAGAGGGUCUCUGAGUACCGUUCGCUGCCCGUACGUCAUUCGCACUGGUGCUCGGACUGGUCAGGCUUGCGGGACGCUCAGUCACACACAGUCCCGCUGCUUCACCCGUCUGAGCGACGCCUGGCGUACCGAGUUUGGCGACGAGGCUGAGCUCCCCGACUGGGUGGAGCUGCUUGGGCAGAGGGUAGAUAUCUUUGCUCUUGACUAUGAUGCUAUUCUCACUGCCAUGUAUGCAUUGCCUACUAGUGCUGACUGUGCCUGUUACCUGUGCGUACCGCCUGACCCAGGUAUAGAGCCUGCUGCUCUAGGUGCUGGUGAGGCUGCUGCUUUAGGGGCUAGUGUGUCUCCUGCUCUAGGUACGGGUGAGGCUGCUGCUCCAGGUGCUGGUGAGUCUGCUCUCUCUGGUACUGCGCCUGCUCAGGCCUUGUACACCUUCACACUUGACUCUGGUGCUUCUCGCUCCUUCUUUCGCGACAGCACCACCCUCACGCCGCUCAGUCGGCCGGUUCCAGUCUCUCUGGCAGACCCCUCUGGGGGUCCAGUCUGUGCGACCUCUUCCACUGUCCUCCCUUGUCCUGCUGUCCCGUCCGGCACACAGUCGGGUCUUCACCUCCCCUCGUUCUCUACGAACUUGGUGGCGGAUCUGGUUCUCCCUCCCCUCCCACCCUCGCCUGCUCCUCCCUGUCUUCCCUCUAUCGAGGGGCGGCAGCGCGCCGCUCCUCACUCCUCCUCGUUCCCUCCCACAGAGGCUCCCCUGCAGACUCUCCACCUGGACGUGUGGGGCACAGCCCGCGUCCGUGGACAGGGCCACGAGCGGUACUUCCUGCUGGUCGUCGACGACUACACGCGUUACACCACGGUCUUCCCCUUGCGCACCAAGGGUGAGGUCCCUGAUGUUUUGAUCCCCUGGAUCCGCGCUGCUCGUCUCCAGCUCCGCGAGCGGUUCGGGACAGAGUUUCCCGUCCUGCGUCUGCACUCUGACAGAGGUGGUGAGUUUUCCUCCGACCUCUUUGUAGCCUUCUGUGAGGAGCACGGCAUCACCCAGUCGUUCACGCUUCCGGCCUCUCCGCAGCAGAAUGGGGUUGCUGAGCGCCGCAUUGGCUUAGUCAUGGAGGUCGCUCGUACCUCCAUGAUCCAUGCGGCUGCCCCCCAUUUUCUGUGGCCGUUUGCGGUCCGGUACACCGCGCAUCAGCUCAACCUCUGGCCCCGUGUCUCCUUGCCGGAGACCUCGCCCACACUGCUGUGGACGGGGAAGGUUGGCGAUGGGUCGCGUUUCCGGGUCUGGGGUGCUCGUGCCUUUGUCCGCGAUACCACCGCGGACAAGCUCUCCGCCCGCGUUGUUCCCUGUGUCUUCCUUGGCUUUGUCCCUGGCGCGCCUGGUUGGUAG